AUGCCAUGGACAAGCGUCCGCCUUGGAGCUGCCCCAAAGGACACUUUUAUAGCUCUUGGCAAAGACGGCCGCUAUGGCAUGACAUGCACCUAUAAAGUCGUAUACAAACUCUUUAUUCAUGCUAACGUGGCAUCAAGCAAAACUGCACAACUAGAGGAGAGACUCAAUAGCCUCGUCGACUUACUCAAAGCAUCCAACUCGGGUGAACUGCCGGCUAGUCUACGCGAUCCGCCCACAGAAGACCCAACAUGUAUCCCAUCAGAAACCGGCCCACUCGGUCCAGGAACCUGGCGUUCAACAACGAGUCCUGGGUCGACGCCGGCAACAUCAUCAGAGGACCCCGCAGGUGUCGUACCAGCGACCUACAAUUGUUAUGCUCCGCCGACAUGUAUUUGCCGUGCACCCAUCGGCGCCUCGUAUCUGCCUGUUGAGUCAGACGAGGCCCUAUUAUCAGUGUUUGUGACAAAACUCAGCCCUACGUUCCCCUUUGUCGUGCUUCGGCCUGGAAUCUCGGCUCAGGAGAUGGAAAGGACCAAGCCCAUCCUGUUUGGUGCGAUCAAGAUGGUUGCAUCUGUCCGCAACUUAAAGUCCAUGAUGGCCCAGGGCUACAUCAUCAUGAAGCACCUCACCGAACAUCUGAUGAUGCGUUCGCAGCGGUCACUUGAAUUGCUACAGGCAAUUCUGGUUGUCACGGGCUUUUACCACUAUCAAUGCAUGAUGCAUACACAAUUAUCAAAUCUAGUGGCCCUUGCGACGAGUCUGGUUGCAGACCUGGGUCUAAAUAAGCCGCCAGAGAUACAGGAAAGGACUCGUGCGCUCGUUCUCAACCCCCAGGUUCCCAGCCCCAGAACGAAUGAUGAGAAGCGGGCGCUUUGUGGAAUGUGGUACAUGAGCUCCGUUGUUUCUUUCACCUUUCAGAAAAUUGACGCUGCUCGUUUUACUCCGUAUAUGGAGCAGUGUCUACGCGACCUUGAAAAGGAAAAGGAAUAUGAAACAGACUCUUUGCUGGCACAGCUCAUUCGUAUUCAGCAUCUGAGCGAUCGCAUAGGACAGCUGCAAUCCAAAGACCAGUUGGACGACAGCCUACCUGGAAUCCCGCGUGCACCAGUCAGCGCAUACCUCAACGCAUUUCAGACUGAACUCGACAAGUUUGACGCUCAAAUACCACGAUACCUCCGAUCCAACAAACUAUUAAUGGUUCACUUUCAUACGGCGGGAUUGAAACUGUGGGAACCUCCGAUAGUCGACGCAAAACUACUUGAAACCCUCUCGGACUCGUUCACGUCCUUGUCUCUCGGCGCGCCCUCGACUCUAGAUACAUUCUAUCGGUCCAAUGCCGCUCUGAAAAAGUGGUUCGAGCUCUGGCUGUCUUUUGAGAUUACCGAUUACUACUACCUGCCCAUGCCCACCUGUGCACAACUCCUCGUCGCCGUAACGCUGCUGUCAAGAUGGGCCAAGCUGGCGGGAGUCGAAGUGCCACAGAGUCCCGUCGAUCCAGAUAGCCCAGACACCUUGAACGCCAGAGCCGAAGCUCAAGGACUGCGAGAUCCGUCGUCGUUCUCAAAGCCGUCCCCGGUGGAGCCGGACAGCUCCAAAUUCCCAGACGCGGAGCCCGCGGUAGCUUCGGCAGUAGCGCGAAUCAAGGAGCAGAUCCAGUCGUCCCCCGAGCUGCAGCUUGACGUGGUUGGUAUUCUGCGGGCCAUGGUUGUGCGAUUCGAGCAGGCGAGGUCAGAGGUCAGCGAAGCACAAGGUGGCAGUUGGGACAAUAACCUCUGGGACCUGGCGGCCAAGAAGAUUAGCAUCACCAAGCUAAAGCUUGAGCGCUGGGCCGAAAUUGUCUCGACGAUUGGGGCCGAGGGCGUGCUGCUCAGCAAGUACCAACCUGGCGAGGGGCCCGCCAGUUCAAGUACGCCAGUCUCGGACGCCGAGACUGCAUUUGGCCCAAUAGAGACGGCCGAGGGGCCCAUGGACGGAGUCGAAAAGUCACAAACUAUUGAACUCGCCCCUCAUAUGGGUUUCGAUCCCUGGCAGAACAAUACCAAUUUUGCCCAUGACUUGUUUGACGGACUUGGCUUGGACCAGAACUUCUUCUACGGUGACUCUGGGGAUUACGGGGCAGCCAUCCUGAAUAAUCUGUCCUUUGGCGGUUAUACGCACCCAGGCAAUGCACCCUGA